GUCAAAUUAUUUAGCUAGCUAGCCACCGUUAGCUCGUUAGCUGGGCUGACCCGCAGGAAUGGAGAGCAGCUGAGCACUUUCUGUGGAAAUUAAACCGCGACACACAUUAACAUCUCUGUCACAGGGGUUUGUACAGCUCUCCAGCAAAUACGCAGCGGAUGGCCCCGACAGCACUUGUCGUGGGACCUACAUAGAGAGAGAGGGACACCGGUCUGAACCUCUGAAUGAGUAAUGAACCUAAACCCCUUCUGGAGCAUGUCUGCCAAUACAAGUCGUAAGCAGAGAUCUGACAACGAGGAACAGAGCGGGCACGGGGAGCAGAGAUCCAGCCCAGCCCGGCUUUCAUUUGGCAAAAAGCAGCUUCCGCCGAUUCCGAAGAAUGCAGCCCCCAUUACCAAGCCUGCAUCAACGGGGACCCCAACCCAGUCGGCCAAUGGCACACAUGCCUCCUAUGGUCCCUUUUACUUAGAGUACUCUCUGCUGGCUGAAUUCACACUAGUGAUUAAGCAGAAACUCCCUGGAAUUUAUGUCCAGCCAUCCUACAAAUCAGCACUAAUGUGGUUUGGGGUCAUAUUCAUCAGACAUGGCCUGUACCAGGAUGGAGUCUUCAAAUUCACUGUGUAUAUUCCAGAUAAUUAUCCAGACGGAGAGUGUCCUAAAUUAGUAUUUGACAUCCCAGUCUUCCAUCCUCUUGUUGACCCUGUGUCUGGAGAGCUUGAUGUUAGAAGAGCUUUCACCAAAUGGAGACGGAAUCACAACCACAUCUGGCAAGUCCUGAUGUACGCACGCACAAUUUUCUACAAGAUCAAUACCACAGAACCACUCAAUCCGGAGGCUGCUGUACUAUAUGAAAAGGAUGUGCAUUUGUUCAAAAGCAAAGUGGUGGAUAGUGUAAAACUAUGCAACAGUCAUCUUUUUGACCAGCCCAAGAUAGAGGAUCCCUACGCAAUAAGUUUUUCUCCAUGGAACCCAGCUGUUCAUGAAGAAGCAAAAGAGCGGAUGUUCACAUACAAAAGACGGCCUGAGGAUCACCACAAGGGAACGCAGGUGUCGGGGUUGUCUUGGGUGAAGCCUGGAUCGACGCAGCCCUUCAGUAAAGAUGACGGUUCUCCCCAGAGCUGAACCUGCAUUGUCCGCCACAGCAGCCACUAGAGGGAGGCCCUCGCAUUGGAUGCCACGCCACUGGCUUACCUCAGCAGUUCGUAUGAACUGGAUCCUGAAACAGUUGCGAAUACUUUAUAUUAAAUCUCCAUAUUAUUGCUCAGCUUUAAAAGCUUUGUAGGCAUCUCCUCAAACAGCUUUAGAAUAAGGAAAGUUUGUAUCAUAUGUAAAUUGACGAAGACAAAUGGAUGUCUCAGCAACAUCAUUUAGGCUGUGUUGCAAUCAAAGAGCUUUCUCAUUUACAUUUUCGGAUCCAUGCACACGUUGGGCUAGGUGAUCUAACAUACUGUCCCAAAAGGAGCUGAAAAGUAUGAGCAAAGCAGUUUGCAUUCAUACGGUAACCAUAGUGGACUACUUGAUCUAUACCACUUGUUGAAAUUGGCUCAGGACCGUUCAUUUGUCAGACUUGGAAUGUUGUCAGUCACAGUUGUGUGAAUGAAACCUCCUAAUCUUCAUCCCUCCCAUUACAUAAUUAAAUUGACAUGUUUUAUAUUUGUUUCUUAUUGGACAAUGAUUUCUUUUUAAUUCCACUGUGUAAACUAUUGUCUUACAUAGUUCCUAAAAUAUAUAUAUAUGAAGCAGAGCAGGAAAGUAUGGGUUUUAAAUGAGAUAUUAAAUAAGUAAGCUCAUGUAUUUUAUUUUGUCUGAUUUUAAAUCAUUUUGAAUGUUUUAUGUACCAUUGGUUAUUAAAGGUUUGAUGUGUAAGUAAUGGAUGCUGUGCUAAGCUUUGACUUUAGGAGAGAGGUGUCUACAUCAGUUCUUGGAUGGUUUGGGUUUUCUUAGCUUUCUUUGUAAAUGUUACUGAAGCUCCCUCACAGAUCUUUUCUUCACGAGUCAAGUGAAGUCACAGGAGUUGGUGUAGGAGGUCUGAAGGAAAAUCAGAAAUGUAUUUUGAUAAGGUUUAGAUAUUAGUUAGUUUCGGAGAAGCACAAAGUGGAGUUUCAUCCAGCUACAAGAAUACAGGUUUUCUGUUGCCAGACAGAUGUCACUUUAUAUGUGACGUCUUCAUCUGUACUUUCAAUAUGCAAAUGUCGUCAAACAAAGGAUGGAUUUUUAUUUGAAUGUGUGGAAACCCCGUAAGGAAAUGACUAGUAGAACAACAGAUAUAGUGCUGAAACCUAUUAAAUCUAUUUAAAGCUGCUGUGAAAGGCAAGGAUGUAACCAAAUCUCAGUGUACUUCACACACUGCCAUUUGGGCUGUCGGUAUCUUCAAACGUGAGUUUUAAUGUGUUCUACAUGGACCCAUUCCUGCUCCAGUUUGUGAAACACAUUACUGUGCAGAUGACCUGAGAUUUAAAUGCUUUUCUCUGAAAUCAAUAAAAAGAUAAAAAAUGA